AUGUCUGCUAGUAACAACAAAAACAACAAACCUUUUCUAUUCCCUCGUGCUAACUCCACUGUCCUCCCUGACCCCUACAGAUUCUUCUCCCCAAAUCUUCUAUCCACACCCCUCCCUACAAACUCUUUCUUCCAAAAUUUUGUACUAAAAAAUGGUGACCAACCUGAAUACAUUCAUCCUUAUCUCAUCAAAUCAUCUAACUCAUCCCUUUCUGUCUCAUAUCCAUCUCGCUCUUCCAACUCCAAAGUCAUAUCCCAAAUAUUCAAACCAGAUCUUACAAUCACUUCCUCCUCUCAAGUACAAAUAGUCCAGCAACAAUUCAACACUUUUUUACCCUCCUUUAUCAACAAUGCUUUGAAUGUUUUGCCUUUCAAAAAAGAAUCACACAAAAUAUCAUCCUAUAGUGAUCUCAGUGUAACCUUAGAUAUUCCCUCUUCAAAUUUGAAAUUUUUUCUUGUUAGAGGAAGUCCCUUCUUGACCUUUUCUGUCACACGACCAACCCAUCUUUCCAUUACUACCAUUCACGCCAUUCACUAUUUUUCUUCUAAUAAUUCUCUCAAAAAGCAUACUUUUCACUUUAACAAUGGUCAAAGAUGGGUUCUGUAUGCUUCUUCACCUAUCAGGUUGACUCAACGUCUUUCGGAGAUCUAUUCAGUGGCCUUUAGUGGUAUCAUUCGAAUAGCUUUGUUGCCGGAUUCCAAUUCAAAAUCUGCGGCUGUUCUUGACAGGUAUAGUUCUUGUUACCCUUUGUCAGGUGAUGCUAUCUUCAGAGAACCAUUCAGUGUUGAGUAUAAGUUCAAGAAGAAAGGUUCAGGUGAUUUGCUGAUGCUAGCACAUCCUCUUCAUAUUCAACUUUUGUCCAAGAAAGAUUCUAAUGUUACUGUUUUGAGUGAUUUUAAGUAUAAAAGCAUUGAUGGUGACCUUGUUGGUGUUAUUGGUGAUUCAUGGAUUUUGAAAACGGAACCUGUUUCAAUAACUUGGCAUUCAAGCAAAGGUGUCAAAGAAGAAUCUCGUGACGAAAUUGUUUCAUCUCUUUUAAAAGAUGUUAAGCUUCUAAAGUCAUCAGAAAUAACAACAGAUUGUUCUUACUUUUAUGGUAAAUUGAUAGCAAGGGCUGCAAGGUUGGCAUUAAUAGCAGAAGAGGUAAAUCACUUUGAUAUAAUUCCAGAUGUGAAGAAGUAUUUGAAGGAAACCAUUGAGCCAUGGCUUGAUGGAACUUUUAGUGGAAAUGGAUUUCUCUAUGAUAAAAAAUGGGGAGGUAUUAUAACCAAACAAGGCUCUACUGAUACCUACGCAAAUUUUGGGUUUGGAGUUUAUAAUGAUCAUCAUUAUCAACUAGGAUACUUUCUCUAUGGAAUCGCAGUGCUUGCAAGGAUUGACCCAAUUUGGGGUGCAAAGUAUAAGCCUCAAGCCUAUUCACUCAUGGCAGAUUUUAUGACAUUGAGUAGAAACUCGAACUCUAAUUACACGCGUCUAAGGUGUUUCGAUCUUUACAAGUUACAUUCAUGGGCUGGCGGGCUAACCGAGUUUACGGAUGGAAAAAAUCAGGAGAGCACUAGUGAAGCUGUGAAUGCCUACUAUUCUGCAGCAUUGAUUGGUAUGAUAUAUGAUGAUGCAGAACUCGUGGCGACUGCAUCGACACUUACAUCAUUGGAAAUUCUUGCUGCUAAAAUGUGGUGGCAUGUGAAAGAUGAUGGAAAUAUGUAUGAGAAAGUGUUUACUAAAAACAAUAAGGUUAUUGGUGUACUUUGGUCAAACAAAAGAGAUACUGGUUUAUGGUUUGGUCCGGCUGAGUGGAAAGAAUGUAGGCUUGGAAUUCAGCUUUUACCGAUUCUUCCAAUAUCUGAAGACUUGUUCUCUGAUAUGAAGUAUGUGAAGGGACUAGUGGAAUGGACAUUACCUGCUUUGAAAAGGGAUGGUGUUAAGGAAGGAUGGAAGGGGUUUGUAUAUGCAUUGCAAGGAGUUUAUGAUAAUGAAGGUGCAUUGCAGAAGAUAAGAAAGUUGAAAGGUUUUGAUGAUGGAAAUUCAUUGAGUAAUCUGUUAUGGUGGAUUCAUACUAGAGGUGAAGGUGUUGAGAAUGAAGUGUUUGAAUGA